AGUCCAUCUCCGGUGCGCUCGGUGUCUUCUCCUCCUCAGCACACCGCCAUGGCCGUCACCGAUACGUCAUAUGCCAACAACCCUUUGCGCAUACGAACCUAGUCCGCCAAAAGGGUGAGAAAAAGAGGUAUAAGGAAAUCUUUGGGUGUUUAUCCUACACCCUCGCACACCUCGAUAGUUCCCACGAUCUCAGUUUCCUACCGUGACUGCGAAACUUCCAAAACACUCUCGAAACCUUUCGUAACCAAAACAACAACUCAAGCAAUUAAUAAUAACAAACAAACACCGUCACGAUGCCGACCUCUACCCUCGCUCGUGUCGUUCACAGAACUGUCCUCCGGCCAGUUGGCGUCCGCGCCACUGCCACUGCCAACACCAGCCGGCACUUCUUCCUCCCCACCACCGUGAUCCCCAUCCAGCGCUCGCCGCCGCACUAUCAACAGCGGUUCGCCACCGCCGACAGUUCCGGUCGUGGCAAACGUGGUGGGACUGGAAAAACUACCGGGACCGAGACCCUCGCCGCUGACAUCGACGCCGAUCUCGACUACCCGAUUGAGAUGGAUGAGAAGUAUAGCACCACUUCGUGGUCUGAUGCUUCUGGGACUACCAAGUCUGCGUCUGCGUCUGCGGCGCCUUCUUCGUCCACGGCGAAAACGGCGAGUGAGAUGGGGAGUGAGAGCAAAACUGCUGGCGAUGCGAAGGUUGGUGGGGGGAGUAGGACGGAUAAUACUAUUUUCUACCUGGCAAUGGGACUCAUCGGUCUAACUGGCGCUUACAUCGUACUUAAGCCCAACCCGUCGGCCAGCGUUGAGCCGCGCGUUGACGCGAGAAGCAGCUCCUCCCAUCUUCAGCACGAUUCCCCGGCCCACCGUCCUUUGAACAGCAAGACGGAGAAGAUGAUUGGCAGGGGUGGUUGAUUGAUCACUUUGAGCCUUAAGGAAGUUUGCGAGAGUUUGCGAGAGCUUGCGAGAGCUCUCGGAAGUAGUUGGGAUUGUGUUGUGGGGUUGGAUGGAUGGACUUGUGUGGUUGUGGGACUGGGUGGGGGUUGAUUGAUGGAUUGAAACUUGGAUUAAUGGAAACAAACUUGAUGGAUUUUGGUGGUGGUGGUGAUUGUUGAUUGGUGAUAUCGCGGCAUUGUCUUUGGGAUUUGUGAUGGGGGAAGAACUACCGGAUGGAAAAUUUGUACGAUGAGUGUAUAGAUUUAUGAAUGGGGUGGUGGCACAUGAUUAAUGAGGGUACGGGUUUGGUUGACUACGUCGUCGGCCUGGGUUGUACGAUGGAUGUGUAGGUUAGAGGUAGUUGUUGGACUUGAUGUAAAUUGAACGGUCUGGUGUUGAG